CCCACGCAUGCACAUGACGCAUACACUGCUAUUGACAAGACGGGUGGCGCACGGAUGGGUGAUCGAGAGAGAUCGAUAGGCAGUGAGGCAGGCCAAGUAGGGCGCAACAAGCCAGGGGAAAGGAAAGACACGAUAAGAACACUGCAGCAAAACUGCCAGCCACUCGCUCCACGAAAAUCAACACAUAGGGACACACACACACGCACUACAAAUCCACCUCUCGGCCCAGCCAUGCAUCUAUUCACUCGGCCCUGGCAGCUCCUUUGUGUUGAUGGUGAAGAUCUCGCACUUGGCCUCGUCUGCCCGUGUGGAUGAGCCGUCGGUGGUGGUCUCCGAGCCGUCGCCCUGCUCCGCCGCCGCCUUCUUCUCUCCUUCCUCAUCCUCCCAGAAGAAAUCCAGCGGAUCGGCAGCCUGAUGGCCAUCCCAUCACCGACACAUGCACACCGCCUGUCGGUGCGUUGUUCGUGUUGUUUUCAUAUGACAUACCUUGUCGGAGGGUGCCGCCUGUGGAGUGUCGUCGCCGUCAUCGUCCUCGUCCGACAGCACAUACACCUCCGUGCCGGGGGCAAACACUUCAGUCGAAGGGACCUAGAGGAAGCCACAGUACAGACAGCACGCCGACUGUGGCAAGCAGGGCAGUCGUGUCUGUCUUUGUGUGUGGGAUGUGCUGUGGUCACUCACUGUCUUUUGGUCGUCUCCAUGUGGGUGGACGGCGUCGUACACGUCCUUCCUGAUCCACACCUUAUACACUUCCUGACCCUCAUCUGCCGCCAGCGCAGCCGACCGCCGCCGACGUCGGCCCUUGACACGACCACCCUUGCCGUCACCACUCUGGCAAGACAGACAGACCCACAACACACACACGCACACACACACACGCACCACACACAACACACAGGGCGUAACAAGACCAAGGCUCAUGCAUCUGUGCCUUGUGUGUCACUCACUGUGGCAGACCUGUGAGCGUGGCGGCCUCUUCUUCUUGGUCAAGUAGUACACAGGUGUUGCGGUGUCGGGUGCCACGCCGGCAUCUGGUCAGGUCAGACAGCAGGCAGACAGACAGACAGUAGUACUAACGCAGGCAGACAGCCGUGGUGUGGUGUGUGACGUAACAGAUGGAUGGCUAUGACUGACCUUUGAUGAGGGUCUCAAUCCUCUCCUGUACUGCCUGCGCAGUAGAGGUAGAGGACGGCUGAGCGGCAUCGCCAGGGGAUGGCGCAACCGACGACCCCUGUGCUGAUGUGGCGGCGGUGCGCUGAGAUGAUGUCGGCGGGGCAGGUGGAGGGCUCUUGGCCUGCUGUGCUCUGAGCUCUUCGAAGGCCUUUAGCAGCACACGAGGCCUGAAACGAACACGCAGAGUCCGUAAUCUUGUCUGGCAGCUGCGGAUCUGCUGCCGGCACCCUCUCACCUCUUGACGAGCUCCUGGCCUGUCCUCUCACGGGCCGCGCUUCGCAUCGGCGAGAUGUGCUCGUGCAAACUCCAGCACACACACCGCUGCUGCGUACGCCCGUCGCCCUUAUCCCUUUCCCCCUUCCCCUGUUG